AUUCAUUUAACUAGUCCCACAUAUACGCGUUGGUGUUGUAGAUUAGACCAAAUAUACAACUUUUGAGUUUUGUCAUGCAGCUGAUAGCUGAUCGUGGUACAUUGACAUUAUCACUGAUUGUUGGCUGUUAUUGUUGGACCCGGGUCCUUGUUAUUUCAGCUGCAAUGGUUCUCAGAUACAAAGUAUGUCUCCUGAGGACCACCUUUCGGAGACUAUUCAGCACAACAUCCCUCCAGGACUCUGUUAGAGUGAGAUUCGCUCCAAGUCCUACUGGUUUCCUCCAUCUAGGUGGUCUCCGGACAGCUCUCUACAACUUCAUCUAUGCCAAGUCGCUCGGAGGAAAAUUCAUUCUACGCAUUGAGGAUACUGACCAGACAAGGCUUGUACCUGGUGCUCUCGAUAAUCUUCACUCGAUGCUGGAAUGGUCGGGCCUCGUUCCAGAUGAAGGACCUUUACCAGGUGGCAUGCAUGGUCCUUAUGUGCAAUCAGAGAGGCUACAUCUCUACAAUCAACACAUACAGACACUACUUGAAAAUGGCACAGCUUACAAAUGCUUCUGCUCUUCACAGCGUCUUGAGUUACUGAGGAAGGCUGCUAUAAGGAAUGGGGAAACCCCUAGGUAUGACAACAAAUGCAGGCAUCUGACUCAGAAAGAUAUCAACAAGCAAACAGCUGAGGGGAAGAGCUUUGUCAUACGAUUCAAGCUUAACCCUGGUGUAGAACCAAACACAGAUCUGGUCUAUGGGAGAACACUGUAUGAUGCUGGUCAUGUAGAAGGAGACCCGGUUUUAAUGAAGAGUGAUGGCUUCCCUACAUACCACUUUGCCAACGUAGUAGAUGAUCACCUGAUGGAAAUCAGUCAUGUUCUACGAGGGCAGGAGUGGUUAGCAUCUGUAUCUAAGCAUCUCUCUCUUUAUCAAGCGUUUGGAUGGAAGCCUCCAAACUUUGCUCAUCUUCCUCUUUUAAUGAACAAGGAUGGGACUAAGCUAUCAAAGAGGCAAGGCGAUAUCUUUGUUGAAAAUUUCAAGGAUCAAGGUUACAUGUCAGAAGCAGUGCUUAACUUCAUCACAUUCUGUGGGUCAGGGUUUGAUGACAACCGCAAAAUCCGAAAUCUGGAGCAGCUGAUUGCAGAUUUCUCUCUAGAAAAGGUCACCACCCACUCUGCUAUGCUGGACAUGGAUCUACUAGACGGGGUCAAUAGAGGUCACAUAUCCAGGUUAAUGGGGUCAGAUAAAGGUCAACAAAGGCUGAUAAAGAAACUAAGAGAUACAGUUAAACAGGAGCUAGGAGAAAGGACAAAUGGCACACUCCAUCAGAUGGAUGAUGACUAUCUAAGAAGGGUACUACUAGCCAGGAAAGACCACAUUGGAAGAUUAAAAGACUUAACAUCUCCUGACUAUGCAUUUCUUUGGCUCUGUCCUGAUUUGACCAAGGCAGACUUUUCUUCAAUAACGCAACACUCAGAUGUGAUACUAUCUUCAGCAAUCAGACACCUGGGUCAAGCAGAGUCUUUCACUAAGGAAACCUUAAGCCCUAUCCUGAAGCAGUGCUUCACUUCAUUGCCAGCAGGACUCAAGUACUCUCACUGCAUGAAGGUCCUGAGAGUCGCCAUGAGUGGUUUGAUGGAAGGGCCUCCCGUUGCCGAGAUGAUGGAGAUCCUUGGGGGAGAGGAGACUGUGAGGAGACUAGAGGCGGCUCUUGACCAUCUCCAAAGAUGACCCUUAGCCCCCAUCACCAUCUGUCGUAUGUAAUCCACCAAUAGCGUAUUUGAGGGAGGGGCAAGGGGGGGGGGGAUUAGCCCCUCAUGACAUGU